ACAUUGGAGUUAACUUAACUGAUUCUAUGUUUCGUGGCGUCUACCAUGGAUCACAGAAACAUAAAGAUGACUUUCUUGAUGUAUUGCAGAGAGCGUUUGAUCAAGGAGUGAAAAAAAUGUUUAUCACUGGUAACAACCUUGAAGACAGUCGAUCAGCAUUGGAGCUCUCAAAGACAAACGAUGCACUAUACAGCACAGUUGGCUGUCAUCCAACACGAUGUAAGGAGUUUGAUGAAGCUGCAGGGGGUCCUGAUGAAUAUUCAACAGCGUUGCUGAAUCUCGCUCAGGCCAACAAAGAGAAAGUUAUAGCCAUUGGAGAGUGUGGACUAGAUUAUGACAGACUUCACUUUUGCCCGAAGGAGCCACAGCUGAAGUAUUUUGAGAAGCAACUUGAUCUCUCUGAGCAGACCAGAUUGCCACUUUUUCUACAUUGCAGGAAUUCGCACAGCGACUUUACAGAAAUUCUCAAAAGAAAUCGAGACAAGUUCGUCGGAGGCGUGGUGCAUACAUUUGACGGUACAAAGGAAGACGCUUCCACAUAUCUUGAUUUAGGUCUGCAUAUAGGAAUCAAUGGAUGUUCUCUGAAGACUGCAGCUAACAUUGAAGCCAUGUGUUCAGUCCCAAGUGACAAACUGCUUAUUGAAACAGAUGCUCCUUGGUGCGAGAUACGACCAAGUCACGCAGGAUUCAAAUACAUCAAAACAUCGUUUCAGACUAAGAAGAAGGAGAAAUGGGAGCAAGGUUUUUGUGUGAAGAGCCGGAACGAACCAAGCCAUAUCAUACAAGUGCUAGAAGUUAUGGCCGCAGCGAGGGAGGAAAACAUUGAAGAACUAGCCCAGAAUUUGCAUGAUAAUACCGAGAAACUGUUCUUUGGGCCCAGGUGA